UAUGCCAAAUAUGAGAACCGAAGCAUUUCAGUCUGUCCAGGAAUACCGGAAGUAGAAGAAAAGGAGGACCUUUUGCAGGACGCGAAGAUCUGAUUUCCUGGUCCCCGCCCUUUCUUUGCCCCUCCUUGUUCUCUAUCAGUGAAAAACAAAAGCGGUUUCAGUCUCCAGUGAAGCAUUUUAGUAAAGAAACGAAGCCGAAGUCAAGCCUGAAUUCCCAAGAACGAGUUGAAGACAUAAUCAAGAAAAAUGGAGUCUAAGCAACCUCUACCUACAGAGCCACCUCCAGAGUAUCCAGGUUAUCCAGACCAGGGAUAUGCUGUCCCAGGUUGUCCAGGUACCCAGGUCCAAGUUGGAAUCCCCCAGCAUGCAUCUGGAUUGCCUCAAUACAGAUCUCCAUCAACAUUGCCAGUUCAACCUAAUGCAUUGUCUUAUGGAGCUCUCCAAGCUCUCAGUGCUCCCACUACAGCUGAACCUGUGGUUUGGAUGCCAGCUCCACCAGUUCCUCCCAAAUGCCCACCUGGAUUAGAGUAUUUAAGCCAGAUGGAUCAGGUAAUAAUUGACCAGCAGCUUGAGAUCAUGGAAAUGAUAAGUGGUUAUGAGACUUGUAAUAAAUAUGAAAUAAAAAAUCCCAUGGGGCAGUGGGUAUACUUUGCAGCUGAAGAAAAUGAUGACUAUAAUCUCCAGCGUUACGGAACUUUCAGAUCAUUUACCAUAAAACUCUAUGAUAGUGCAAACCAACCGGUCAUACAAGUGUCAAGGGAGUUCCAUUGUGUCUGUUGCUGCUGUCCUUGUAUUUGCUGCCUACAAAAGCUUGAGGUUCAAGCACCACUAGGCACAGUCAUUGGAUAUGUUAAGCAGAAGUGUUACUGCUGCAAACCCAGAUUUGUUAUCCAGAAUGAGGCCGGAGAAAACAUUGUGAAAUUGGUUGGACCUAAUUUAUGCAACGUUCGUUUUAGGGAUGUUCCUUUUGAGAUAAAAUCUUUAAAUCAAAAAUCAGCAAUUGGACAAAUUACCAGAAAAUGGAAAGGAAUGGCAACAGAAGCUGUAUCAGAUGCCAGCAACUUCAUAAUCCAAUUCCCAAUGGAUCUUGAGGUUAAAACGAAAACCCUUGUGCUUGGAGCUUGCUUCCUACUGGAUUUCUUGUUUUUUGAACGAUCUGGACCAAGGCCCCGCGAUCAGAGAUAACCAGAUGUAUACCAUUUUUCCUGACUUCAGAAAAAAUUAAAUACUACUGCUUUUGUUUCUUAUCUAGCGGUUAAUCCAGUGGUGAGAUUCAAAAAUUUUCACUACAAGUUUGGUGGGCAUGGCUAGGUGGGUGCCAUGUGACUGAGUGGGUGUGACUAACAUGACAUCACUCAUGCCCAUUCCCACUAAGUCACAUGCCCCCUCACCUAGCCACACCCACAGGAAAAGGUAGGGACCUUUUUUGGAUUUUUAGGUAUCUACCCUGGCCCUCUCUUCACUAGUUACCCCAUUUCCCCAUUUCCUCCCCCCCACCUCUUUGGUUGCUUACCAUUCAGGGUGGCUGGUCCAGUCCAGAAGGCAAGCUGACUGGAUUUUUUGGCACCACCCCCCCCCCCCAGCCAGCCACCGCUGCUGGGAAGUGGCUGGCUGGCAAAGAAGCCUCCCACCUGCCGCCUCUUUGCAUACUGGCAGACUUGCAAGGCAAUGGGAUACGCAUGCACGAAGAAGAUGGUGGCAAUAGGAUCUGCUUUUUCGCUGACUGGUGGAUUUUUCAGCGGCCUGUGACCAGCUGCCGGCCUCUUUGAGAGCCAGUAUGCAAAGAAGCAACACAAGCGAGCGAUGAGCGGAUGGGCAAGGUGAGCAACUGGCAACAGGGGGAUUGGUUCGGGGGCAUGGCUAGCCAGCCAUUGCUACCAGUUCGCUGAACUGGGCAUAAUUUCUGCCACCAAUUUGGGCAAACUGGUGCGAACUGGCUGAAUACCACCUCCGGGUUAAUCUAUCACUUGCUUAUAUACAGUACCCUCAUAUUAUGCAAGCAAACAGAUUGUGGACUCUUAUGACACAAGAAGUGUUACUCUACAAUGGUGUUUCACAGCCCUGGCAACUUUAAAAUAUACGGAUUUCAACUCCCAGAAUUUUCCAGCCAUACUACCUGAAGAAUUCUAUGAGUUGAAAUCCAUGCACCUUAAAGUUGCUAAGCUGAGAAACACUGCUUUAGAAUAUAUAAUAUAUUAUCAAGACUCUUUACAACUGCUCAUAGUACUUCUAGAGGAACUCUAAUGAUAUUUCCAGAUGAAACAUCAUACAACUAACUAGAAACUAUAGAAAGAACAAUUUCCUUUUCUUUGGUGCCUUGAUGGAUAUCAACAUUUUAGAGUGGGAGAUGGAAAGUGGGGAGGGAGGGAUGGAGAGGAUUGUAUUUUAUAGCUGUCAAAAAUAAUGUAAGUGUAAACAAUUCAUUUGGUUAAGUAUAAUUCAAAUAAAAAGCUGAAUAAUAAUAAUUCCACUGUAAUAUAUUGGCUUUCAAAUACUUGUAAGAUUCAAUAAAACAUUUCAGCACUUUUCUUUAUUCACUAUAUGGGUGAAUAAAAAUAAACUGAUUUAAUGUA